CGUUUACGGCUGUUUCUCUACGUCAGCACAUUAGAUUCGCCAACGUUUUACCCUGCUUCUCCGAGGUGCACUGUGCACUUUGACCCAAAGGAAAUCCUGUGCCUUCUCAGCAGCUGAAGCUGGAGAGCAAAAAAACUCACAAAAGAGGCGAUUUUACUGAAGUAAAAGGAGAGUAAAACUUUCUUCAAAGCAAACUGGAAGCUUGAUAGAUUGACCAUGAUGGAAGAAGUGAAGGGUGCAUCCUCAUUUUUGAGUGUCCAAGUCCACAACAUCAAAGUUACAGAGGUGCUGCAAGACGGAGACUCGCUCACCUUUAUAAUUGUGUCUCAGAAGAUGUCCGGAACAGGAGAGUUUCAUGUGGAUCGGACUUAUGAAGACUUUGAAUGGCUGCAGCAGCACCUCUUCUCCCAGGAGGAUGUUCCUGGAAUACAGGGAGUCAUAUUUCCUCCUCUUCCAGCAAGACUCCAGGUGAAUGCGUCGUCCAAAACUUUGAGACAUCUUGGUUUUCUUGGGCUAGGAGAGUGGCAGCCGUACUGCAAAGCACUGGAAACGUUCCUCCGACAGGUGGCUGCACACAGCAUACUCAGCAAAAACAGGGCUGUGGAGAUCUUCCUGACCAGCUCAGAUCCUCCAGGAAGACAGAAAGUAAAGAAAAACAUUUUCAACCGGCUGAGUCAAGCUGUGGAGGAGAUGAGGAAAGAAGGCCAUAAGGACGUGGACGACUUCUUCCAAACCAAGCGAGAUCACAACUUUUUGCUAACUGGCUACACCAAGAUGGCCGCUGAGAAAUUCCUGGAUGUGGUGCUUACAGAGCAAAAAAUCGCAGUUGCCUGCGGCCACUUUUCAACCGCUCUUCACCUCUGCAUGGAACAAGGGGAGAACCCGGAAAAGCAGGAUUUUUCUCAGGUUUGUGUGAAACUAUCAGAAGUCUUCAAUUCUAUAAAGAAAAGCAUGACGAGCACCGCCAUGAAUGACAUGAACACUCUCGGACUGGGUCUGGACCUGGAGACUCGAUACCAGGAGGCAGAAAAGGAGAUGCUUUUUAGGAGAACCUGCAAACUGGUGGAGCUGCAGAAUGCGACGAAAAAUGCAGAAAAGGCCAAACCUGUGAAGAAAGCUGUGAUGGAGGAGGCAAAGAAAGCAACAGAGACGGAGUUUCGGCAGAUUUGCGAGGUUGCAAAGAAAGAGAUAAUUCAGCUGGAGAGCAAACACGUGGAGACGCUGCAGCAGGCUCUGGUUCAGUGGUGUGAAAAGCAGCUUCUCACAGCCAAAGAAAGCGCUGAGGUGUACAGCCAGCAUCUGCAAACGUUUAAGCGGAUGCAGUGACUUCAGGGAUGCACUUUUCACGUAAAACCCUCUGAACAUCCAAAUGAUGUUGUUUUUGUAUUUUUUCUUUACUCACAAGACAUUUUCUUAUUCUAAUAAAGUAAAUUGAUGCCCACUCUCACAUACGUAUUAUUAAAUCACAAUAAAACUCUAGUAUCACGAUACUUUCCAAAGGAAGAUGCUUUUACUGCUCUCCCACAAUGUGCUGAGAUUGUAUUGUACUGCAGGAGCUGGAAAAUAAAGUGUGAUGAAUUGAUUCCCAAAGUA